AUGGCCAUCUCUAGGCCAGUUAGGAUCAACGUCGAAUCUAGAGAAGUGUCUGUCCGCGCGGCACACCACGAUUAUGGAAGAAGGAUAAACCGGCUCCCAGGUGUCGGUGUCUUAGUGUCGGGGAUUUCUGUGAGGGCGCACUGGAGCAAUGCGGACUUGCGAGAUGGCAUGUCUUUCGUCACAAGCAGCUCCGGCCUCGGGACAUUGACAGGCAACAUCAACAUGCACCAUCCUACGGUUGCAAUAUUCGUCGAACCCGGGCUUAAGGAGGGGAAUGGCCGUCAUAUGGCCAAUCUUGGUGCUGAGCACGUUGCAAGGGAGGAAAGUUGUCCGUGUCCAAAUCUACCUAUGGACAAUGAAGUGUCUAGCUCGUAUCGAUGA